AUGACACUAAAAAGGCUAGCACGUGACGAACAGGAAAACUACCCAGAAGCGUCCAAAGUUUUAGAAGAAUCGUUCUACAUGGAUGAUCUUAUACACGGUUCACAUUCCAUAGAGCAAGCAAUAAAACUGAUAAACGACAUUAUCGACUUGUUAAGAACAGCGGGAUUUAACUUACGAAAAUGGUCCUCAAACAGAGAAGAAGUGUUAGAACAUAUACAGAACAAGCAAGACAAUCAAAACCUAACAAUUAACUGUAAACAAGAUGACAUAUCUAAAACACUAGGUUUAAGUUGGAAUCCAACUGAAGACGUAUUUACUUUUCAAUGUAAAAUUGAAAAGCAGAAAAACAAACCAACAAAAAGAACCCUUCUAUCGGACAUCUCCAAACUCUUUGACCCACUUGGCUGGCUUGCCCCGCUCAGCAUAAAACUCAAAAUUUUAUUCCAAAAAGUAUGGAAACAAACAGUUCAAUGGGAUCAGCCCAUCCCAGAUGACAUACACUUAGAAUGGUCCAAAAUACAGGAAGAAAUUCACUUAAUUAACGAUUGCAAAAUACCCAGAUGGUUGCUAUGUAAACAGAAUGACGUAAUCCAACUACAUGGGUACUGUGACGCAUCGCUAGAAGCAUAUGGGUGUGUAGUAUAUGCACGAACUGAACAUCAAACAAAACCAAUUCUGGUCGCAGCAAAAACAAAGGUCGUCCCACAGAAGAAACAAUUAACACUGCCGAAACUUGAAUUAUGUGGAGCGCAUCUUCUAUCAAAACUAAUGGCAAAAAUAAAAAUAUCUCUACAACAGCAUACUGUGGAAACGUUUGGUUGGUGCGAUUCAAAGAUCGUCCUCGGAUGGUUACAAGGACAGCCAAGCCGCUGGAAACCAUUCGUCGCCAAUCGAGUAGAACAAAUAAAACAGGUGAUGACAGAAGAACAAUGGCGUUAUGUGAAAUCGUCAGAAAACCCCGCGGAUGCUGCCAGCAGAGGACAAACAGCAUCUCAGUUAAAAGACAACUCUUUAUGGUGGUCAGGACCAACAUGGUUAGCUGAUUUCCAGCCAGAACACGAAAGUUAUCAAAAACCAACAUAUCAUACAACAGAAGAGGAGAAAAAAUCCUACGUAUCAAAUGUGGGCCAAAACAAUAACAAGCAAGAUAUUAUUCAUGAUUUAUUAAACAAAUAUAGUUCAAUUACAAAAGUAACAAGAAUCGUAGCCUACAUAUUGAGAGCAUUCACUUUGAAGCGAAAACGCUUACCCAGCUAUCUAACAUUACAGGAGUUGCGAAAAGCUAAACGAGCUAUAAUUAAAAGCGUGCAAAACAAAGAAUUAGAAGAAGAUAUUGAACAUUUACGCAGGAAUAACAAAGUAGAAACAAGGAGUAAACUUUUCUCAUUAUAUCCAUUCCUGGACAACGAACAUAUACUUAGAGUAGGAGGACGUCUCGAAGAAGCGCAUUUACCUUACGAAAUGAGACACCCAAAAAUCAUUCCAAAGGAAUCACGUCUUGCUACAUUACUAAUAGAACAUGCCCAUAUCAUAACACUUCACGGAGGCGCCAAGAUUACAUCAAGCAAGUUGAGAGAAGAGUACUGGGUGAUGGGCGGAAACAAUAGAGUAAAACAACAAGUUAGAAAAUGCGUCAAAUGCCAAAAGAUCGAUGGGCAAAAACAGUAUCAACUCAUGGGUGAUCUACCCGCCGCCCGUGUCAACGAAGCAAAACCAUUUUUUCACACUGGAGUGGAUUACACAGGGUUUGUUGACAUAAAAGCUAGUAACACGCGAGGAAGUCGAACACUGAAAGGUUACAUUGCAGUUUUUAUCUGCAUGGUCACAAAAGCAGUACAUUUAGAGCUCGUAACAGAACUAACAAGCUCAGCAUUCCUGGCAGCUCUAAGAAGGAUGGCCGCCAGGAAAGGAGCCCCAAAGCACCUAUACUCAGACCAAGGAACCAAUUUUAUAGGCGCGAAUAACAUAUUAAAGCAACAGUGGAAGGAAAUACAAAACACGUUCGACGAUAACUUCUUAGCAGACAUUGCCGAGAUGGAAAUUGAGUGGCAUUUCAAUGCCCCAUCCUGGCCAAGUGCUGGUGGCCUCUGGGAACGAGCAGUGAGGAGUUUGAAACACCAUUUAAAACGUGUAGUGGUUUGCCGGAAAAAACGUUGCCAAUGGAAACCUCAAAGAACUCCAGAAUUCACAACCGACUCAGAGGAACCAACAGCAGCUAGCAACAUCUCCGUGAGACGCCAGGUGAACCUGCCGCCGCCGCCGCCGCCGCCCCGAGCGAGCGCGAGCGCAGCCUCCACGCCGUACAACACACGUCACACCAGCACCGGUGACAUCCGUCCAGUCCAGAACCUAUCAUAUUGUAUAGAAAUCGAGAAGUUUAAGCUCUGUGAGCCUUACAUGCUUCAAUACUACGGCGUAGGCGUAGCUGGACGAGCGUUGCUUUUCACAGAUAAGCUCUACGCGUUCAGUGCUACAUCGACGGGUAGAGGACCAUUACCCGAUUUGAUCAGGAUUUAUGCAGCGGUCUCAAUUUCCUGCGACGACAGCGGAACAUCCGCCAUGUGCAGCCCCUCGCCGCGCCCCGCGCCGCCCCGUCGGAGGCCCUACGCUUGGCCCAAGCGGAAAAUGGAGCGUGGGCAUUUGCAUAGCAACACUCGAGGCGAGCGGACCGGCAAAUUGUUGUCGCAUCGAUGA